AUGGCAAAUUUAAUGGCUGGCGAGUCAUCUCAUUCUGGAAUGAAGGAUGGUGGACCGUAUAGAUUUUCUCAGGAAAAACUUGAGGAAGUUGGUCGUUGGUACUUAUGUAGAAAGGAAAUUGAAGAGAAUUCUCCGUCUAAACAAGAUGGUAUUGACUUAAAGAAAGAGGCUUAUCUACGCAAGUCAUACUGUACGUUUCUACAAGAUUUGGGCAUGAGACUUAAAGUGCCCCAGGUAACAAUUGCUACUGCAAUAAUUUUCUGUCACCGAUUCUUUCUUCGUCAAUCCCAUGCGAAGAAUGAUAGGAGGACUAUUGCUACAGUUUGUAUGUUUCUUGCGGGGAAGGUGGAGGAGACUCCUCGUCCGCUGAAAGAUGUUAUUCUCGUUUCUUAUGAAAUUAUACAUAAAAAAGAUCCUGAAGCAGUUCAGAGGAUCAAGCAAAAGGAGGUAUAUGAACAGCAGAAGGAAAUAAUUUUACUUGGAGAGAGGGUUGUACUUGCAACGCUUGGUUUUGAUUUAAAUUUGCUCCAUCCAUAUAAACCUCUUGUUGAUGCUAUAAAGAAAUUUAAGGUUGCUCAAAAUGCCCUUGCUCAAGUUGCAUGGAAUUUUGUGAAUGAUGGACUGCGUACAUCUCUUUGCCUGCAAUUUAAGCCCCACCACAUUGCGGCAGGUGCCAUUUUUCUUGCUGCAAAGUUCCUCAAAGUAAAGCUCCCAUCAGAUGGCGAGAAGGUCUGGUGGCAAGAGUUUGAUGUCACCCCACGCCAAUUGGAGGAGGUAAGCAAUCAGAUGCUGGAACUGUAUGAACAGAACCGAUUGCCCCCUUCAGCUAACAGUGAAGCUGAAGGGAGCAUUGUAGGUGGAGCUUCUCAUCGGGCCACAUCAAAAGCUUCAUCUGGCACUGAAGAACAUGUGGCACCUAAUAGUCACUCUCAGACUGGAGGUAUUAGUUCAAGACCUGGAAACUCAAAGCCAAUGACUAGACCAGUGCAUGAGCAACCUCUUGCAGAUAAUCAUGUUGGCCCUCCAAGAACCAACCAAAAUCAAGGUAAUGAUCAUGGAAAUGCAGAGAUGAGAAGUGCCUCAGACCAUAAUAUGGAUGGUGAACCUAAAGAUGAUCUGCCCUAUGAAAUAGAGACCUUGCCUUCCCAGGAUAAUAUGAGGGAAGGCCAGACCUCGAGGCGAGCCUCGGAUGGGUUUGGAAAUGAAGAUCGAGAAAGGAAUGUUGGAAGAAGUGAAAUAAAAGAUCCAGGAGAAUCAAAAGAUAAACAUUUUGGUCGAAUUGUGGAGCAUAGAGAGAGUAUGUUAGGUCAAUCACCCCAAGAUGCUAUUAAAAAGAUUGAUAAAGACAAACUGAAGGCAGCUUUGGAGAAAAGAAAAAAGUCUCGUGGUGACAUAACUCGAAAAACUGACUUCUUGGAUGAGGAUGAUCUCAUCGAGAGGGAACUGGAAGAUGGAAUUGUACUGGCUGCUGAAAGUGAAAAAAACAAGCGUGAUAGGAGACAAAGCUGGUCCAAGCCCUUGGACAGGGAAGAAUAUGAGAACUUGCAUCAUGGUAAGAAUAUGGAUGCAAGGGAUGAACAGCAUCAUGGAACGAGAGGCCAGUUAUCUCAAAAACCAGAUCUGAACAACAUUGAAGAUGGGGAACUGUCAGCUCCUGAUGAUUUGGACCAGGGUUUUCCCUCACCGAAGUCAAGCAACCGCAAACGUAAGGCAUCAAGCCCUCCUGACAGGAAGUUUGAGGGGAAGCAUCGGAAUGAUAAUGUGCCUGGGUCUCACCAUUAUAAUCAUCAUGAUUAUGCAGAUGAUCGAAAUAGGAUGAACCGGCUUGGUUAUAUGGAGAGAGAUCAUAAAAGGCAUGUCCCAGAAAAUCAUGCCUGA